AUGGGGUAUCGAAGAUUAUUUAUUUCAGGACAAGGAGCAGGACCAGAUCCAAGUGGAUUUAAUUGUAAAGACCAAAGAUGUGUUGAUGGAGUAUUGACUAGUGGUUGGGGUUCAGCAGCUGUCGGGAAUCCAUUUGUUAUAACACCUUAUGAGGCAAUAGCUAAAAAAGCACGAGAACGUGGGAUUGUUGUUGAUUAUUGUAGUAACAACUGGGAUUGUGAAACCAAUUCGGAUUUGGCAGAUUAUGCUGAUUUAUCCAUUGUAUUUGUUAAUUCAUUUUCUGGUGAAGGAUAUGUUUAUAAAGAAAGCAAUUUUGGUGAUCGUCAAAACUUGUCGUUAUGGCACAAUGGAGAUGAAUUGAUUGAAAAAAUAGCCUCAAAAUGUCUUAAAACUGUAGUUGUUGUUAGUUCAACUGGUCCCGUGAACAUGGAAAAAUGGAUAGAAAAUGAAAAUGUUGUUGCUGUGCUAUUCACGGCACCAUUGGGUCAAUUUGUUGGCCAAGCAAUUGCUGAUGUAUUGUUUGGAGAUAUCAACCCAUCUGGAAAAUUACCCUUCACUAUUGCAAGAAAGAAACAACAUUAUGUACAAAUAAUUGAUGAUUUAGGGGGUGAAAUUAGUCCUCAAGAUAAUUUUGAUCGAGAUAUUUAUUUGGAUUAUAGAUUUUUUGAUAAACAUAACAUUAAACCAAGAUUUGAGUUUGGAUUUGGAUUAUCAUAUACAAACUUUCGGGUAUGUAAUUUAAAAAUUACAGAAAUAAAUCCACCUUCUGAAUAUUUACCUUAUCCUCAAGAAUAUUUACCCAUUGUUAAAACAGUUGAAGAUGAUGUUUGUGAUCCUGAAGAUGCUUUAUUUCCUCAUGAAGAUUUUGAUCCUGCCCCUGGGUUUAUUUAUCCAUAUUUGUAUAAUGAAAACAUUCGUUCAGUAAAUGACGAUGAUUGCUAUGAAUUUCCCAGAGAUUACAAUCCCGACCAACCAUGCAGUCCACCAUUAUCUGGAGGAGGAUUAGGAGGUAAUCCGGCAUUAUGGGAAGUUUUAUAUGAAGUUAGUGCUGAAAUUAGAAAUGAAGGUAAAAUCAAAGGUGGUUAUACCAGUCAAUUAUACAUUGAAUUUCCUAGUACUAUUUUACCAUCACCUCCAAAAGUAUUGAGAGGAUUUGAAAAAGUAUUUUUGGAACCAGGGAAAUCUACUAAAGUUUAUUUCAAUAUAUUGCAUCGGGAUUUAAGUAUUUGGGAUCCUGAAUCUCAACAAUGGAUUAUACAAACAGGAACAUAUAAGGUAUAUGUUGCUUCAUCUAGCAAGAAACUUGAACUCUGUGGAGAGAUUGAUAUAGGUUGUUAA